AUGAAAAUUGGUCACUUGAUUCUUCAUUGCUUUGGUUCCGGAAUCAUUCGCCACUUAAGUCUUACUUCGACCCAACCGCAUGCCAUAAACAACCACCACUCAGCCCCUCUCGUUCUGAAAUUCUCUUCUAGCGUUUUCCCUAUCCUGCCAGCUUCACAGACUUCGCAAUUAGUCCUACUCCAUCCUGGUGAAUCACUUCAGUACCGCAAACGCAUUACCCGAGCUGAACAUCUAGAUAGUGAAUCCGGACUUCUAGUCUGCACUGCUGGGACUAUUACUGACUCUACUAUUAAGAUCACUCGUAUUUAUGACCGACCAAUUGUUCCGGACUAUACUACUCCCUACCUAGUCUUUGGUCUUUGUGGUGGUGUGAUCAUUAGCAUUCUUAGUGCUGGGUCGAAGACUUUGCUGGGCUUGAUCUAG